AUCUGGCCUGGCAAAAGGCGCCGCUGUGGCCACCAAGGGCUCUCGCCAGUCCCCACGAAAAGCGGGGCAGAAGAGGAGACGGUCGGCGAGCCUUUCUUUUUUUGUUCGGGGUUAAUCCCCGUCUCUUCUCCUUCCCAACUUUUGGUUUUGGAUCAAGUUGAAAAGCGUCUGACUCCUUCCCACUUCUACCAGCUGAGGCGGCGGUGCGCCCCUGGAGCCGGCUUUUUGGGGAAAGUUAAUUUUUGUGUGGUUUUUAAUUUAAUUUAAUUUUUAUUUUGGAGCGGGAGAUAAAACCUCGAAGCGGGAGCCGCUGCUCCGGAGCAAUUUGUAACCCGGCUGCUUUGGUUCCCCCCCUUCCACCUGAUGGGCAAAAGCCUCCAUGGCGCUGAGCAAAGGGCUGAGGCUGCUGUGGAAGCAUGAGCCCACUCCCAGCGCCCUACUGGAGGCGCGGGGCCGCCCGGAUUGCCUGCUGCUGGAAGCCGGCACGACAGCCACCCUCACAUUUGAAGAAAAAGAAGAAAUUAAAGGGCAAUAUGAGAAGCUUAUGGAUGCUUAUGGAUGCUUAGGCGAGCUGCAGUUAAAAUCUGGCAACUCCACUUUGCAUUUCCUGGUUCUUGUGACAGGCUGUACAUCAGUGGGAAAAAUCCUUGAUACCGAAGUUUACAAGAUCACAACAACUGAAUUUUGUGCCCUCCAAGAAGAAACUAAGGAAGAAGAUCAUGCUUCUGCCUUGAAGAAACUUCUGAAUUCUGGGGUCUUCUAUUUUUCUUGGCCAAAUUCAGGAUCAAACUUUGAUCUCACUAUCCGAGCCCAGAAGAAAGAUGAUGAUAGCUAUCAAACUGGAAAUUCAUUUUUCUGGAACCAGCUAUUGCAUGUCCCUUUUAAACACUAUCAGGUGAACUGUUCAGACUGGCUACUAAAAGUGAUUUGUGGUGUGGUGGACAUUCGUACUCUUUACGCCUCUCACAAGAAGGCAAAAGCCUGCCUCAUCUCCCGGAUUAGUUGUGAGCGAGCUGGUGCCCGGUUUCACAUACGAGGAGUCAAUGAUGAUGGUCAUGUUUCUAACUUUGUUGAGACGGAGCAGACUAUUUAUUUGGACAUGGAUGUUUCUUCCUUUGUUCAAAUCAGAGGUUCAGUUCCAUUAUUCUGGGAGCAACCUGGAUUGCAGGUUGGUUCCCAUCAUCUGAAGCUUACCAGAGGCCUGGAGGCAAAUGCUCCUGCUUUUGAUAAGCAUAUGAUGCUUCUGAAGGAACAAUAUGGCAAACAAGUGAUCGUUAAUUUGCUGAGAAGCAAAGGGGGAGAAGAGGUUCUCAGUAGGGCUUUCAAGAAAUUACUUUGGGCAUCAUCCCAUGCAGUAGACACACCAAUGAUUAAUUUUGAUUACCAUCAUUUUGCAAAAGUUGGGAAACUGGAGAACUUGCUGGGGCCUCAGCUAAAGCUGCACUGGGAAGAAUUGGGCAUCUUUACAAAGGGUGAAAAUGCAACUUCCCGUCAACAGAUGGGUACCAUUCGAAUGAAUUGUCUGGAUUGUCUAAACCGAACUAAUACCGUCCAAACCUUCAUAGCCCUUGAGAUUCUCCAAAGUCAACUAGAAAGCCUAGGAUUAAAUUCCAAACCUAUAAUUGAGCGUUUUCUGGAGUCUUACAAAGCAAUGUGGGCUCUCAAUGGGCACAGCCUAAGCAAGAUUUUUACAGGGAGCCGUGCUUUAGAAGGAAAAGCCAAGGUUGGGAAAUUCAAAGAUGGUGCCCGGUCAGUGUCACUGACCAUUCAGUCAAACUUUUUUGAUAGCGUGAAACAGGAAGCCAUUGACUUACUGCUUAUGGGUGAUUUUUACAAUGAAGAGUAUGCUGAUAAAGAGAGAAUGCUGCUGGAUCAUACUGCAUUAUUGAUGACACCAAGUACUUUGAACAUCAUGUCAGAGCGUCAAUUUGAAUUCACAAACUUCAAGAGAAUUCGUGUUGCCAUGGGGACCUGGAAUGUAAAUGGAGGCAAACAGUUUAAGAGUAAUAUCCUUGGUACCAGCGAAUUAACAGAUUGGUUACUUGAUUCCCCUAAGCUCUGUGGGGUUUCAGAGUUUCAAGAUGAUCAUUGUCCCGCUGACAUAUUUGCUGUAGGAUUUGAAGAAAUGGUAGAAUUAAAUGCUGGCAAUAUUGUGAAUGCGAGCACAACCAAUAGGAAGACAUGGGGAGAACAAAUUCAGAAGGCUCUUUCAAGGACACAUCGAUAUAUUCUGUUGACCUCAACACAGCUUGUGGGUGUUUGCCUCUUCAUUUUUGUAAGACCGUUCCAUGUUCCCUAUAUAAGGGACAUAGCAGUGGACACAGUGAAGACUGGAAUGAGAGGGAAAGCUGGAAACAAAGGAGCAGUUGCUAUCCGUUUCCAAUUUCAUAGCACCAGCUUAUGCUUUGUGUGUAGCCAUUUGACAGCUGGUCAGUCUCAGAUAAAAGAACGGAAUGAAGACUAUAAAGAGAUCACUCAGAAACUGAGUUUCCCAAUGGGAAGAAGUAUGUUUUCUCAUGACUAUGUUUUCUGGUGUGGUGAUUUCAACUAUCGCAUCGACUUGACUUAUGAAGAAGUAUUUUAUUUUCUCAAACGACAAGACUGGACAACCCUCCUGGAAUCGGAUCAACUGCAGCAACAGAAAUCCAGUGGAAAGAUUUUUAAGGACUUCCAUGAAGGAACUAUCAAUUUUGGUCCCACAUAUAAAUAUGAUGUUAGCUCUGAGGCUUAUGAUACAAGUGAUAAAUGUAGAACUCCAGCGUGGACUGAUAGAGUGCUUUGGUGGAGGAAGAAACUUCCAAUUGAUAAAACAGCGGGACAAGUCAGUCUUCUUGACAGCGAUCUCAAUGCUGGAACCAAAGUUGGACCCAUUUGGUCUCCUGGUGCUUUGAUGUAUUAUGGAAGAGCUGAGCUCCAGGCCAGUGACCACAGGCCUGUUUUAGCUAUUGUGGAAGUGGAAAUCCAAGAGGUUGAUGUGUCUGCUAGGGAUAAUGUUUUCCAGGAAGUAUCAUCCUUUCAGGGUCCCCUAGAUGCUACAGUGGUGGUGUCUCUAUUGUACUGUUCCCCUGAAGAGAAAGAUGAAUUUCCUGAGGAUUGUCAGAUGGAGCUUAUGCAGAUCUUUGAGACUUACGGCACUGUUGUGCUUGUCAGGAUCAAUGGAGGUCAAAUGUUGGUUACAUUUUCAGAAAGCAGAUCUGCUCUUCGCGUUCUUGAUGUGGAUGGCAUCAAGAUUAAAGGCAGGAUUAUGAGGAUUUGUCCUAAAACCAAAGAUUGGCUGAAAGGUCUUCAAGAGGAAAUUGCUAGGAAACGCGACAGUAUCGCUCCUAUGUCACCCACAGCAAAUUCCUGUCUUCUGGAGGAAAAUUUCGAUUUUUCAAGCUUAGAUUAUGAAUCAGAAGGUGAUAUCUUAGAUGAGGAAGAUGAUUAUUUGGAUGAAACGUUGCAUCUGGUACCAUGUGAAACAGAAAUGGUAUCAACAAUGGAAGAGUCAGGAGAUGGAUCAGAAUAUGUGAGCAUGGUGUCUACCAUACAUGCAAACAAGUCACAUCUUGCUGGAAGAAAACCAUGUCGGUAUAAAGAUGAUGCUGACUUGGUUGAAUUAAAACAUGAGUUUGAAGAAAGUGCAGAGUUCUGUCAUCGCUCCCCAACCAGGUCUCUGUCCGUGCCUGGUAGGCCUCGGCAGCCUCCGCCCCCCCAGCGACCUCCCCCACCAGCUGCAGUGCCCAUUAAAAAAUCCCCAUCAGAUGGUUCCAUCUCUUCAGGAAGCUGCUCCCUGUCCUCCAUCUUGGAUACAGCAAAGCUUCUUCCAGGAGCACCACAGCACCCGCCAAAAUCACGAACUGGAAUUAGUAAGCCAUACAACGUGAAACAGAUCAAAACCACUACCCCAGAAGAAGCCGAGGAAGCCAUUCGGUGUCUGAUGCAAGCAAAAGGAGUAAUACCCCAGGAAUCCUUGGCUUCCAUUCCAGCAAGAACUCAGGCUGUGACUAAACCUGAAUUCAUUCCCGCUGGCCCAAAGCCAGCACCUCUUCAGGGCCUCCAGACAGCCCCAGUCCUCCUACCACAGCGCCCCCCACCUAAAGUUCCAACUACCAAAAAACCCAGCCCUUUGCAGAAGAUGGGAGUCAAGCCAGGAAGUCCCCAUUCUCCAGGAGAGCAGCUUGAACAAACCUUGGGUCACUUCUCCGCAUCACCAGAAUCGGGUCUGGAAAGCACAACUGUUAUUGGUUCUCUUCAGACGGUCCCCAUUCCUAAGCCAAGGACAAUGCAGCCUGGCAAAAUUGUCCAAAGGAGCAGCAGCAGCAAUGGAAAGCAACCAACUCCCUUGUCUCUUUUAGAGGAAAGUUCUCAUAUUCCUUCUCUGAAUGUGACUCAGGCUCCAAGAGUUCCCCCAAGGAGAAAGAAGUCUGCUUCUCCCGAUUUUCAUCUGCAAGUACUCCAGAACAGCAAUAACCUGUUUCUAAAAGGGCCGACAUUCAAUUCCAACAAUAACAACGUUCCAGCAGCAUGUUUUUCCACAAUGAAGGAUUCUGAUGGACUUCCAUCUUCUCUGAGUGAAGCCUCUCUUCUUGCUACAACAGUUGUGACCAGCUCAAAAGACAAUGAUGCUAAGCUUUUGGGGCAGACUGGCUUGGAAUUUAUUAGUGACCAACAGGUGACUCCUGCCUUGUGGAUUCAGCAACAACAGCAAGCUUCAGACAAUCAUUGUCCAAUGGAGAACAGCAAUUUGUUAGAUCUGGAAGUAGACUUUGCUGCUGGCCAACCACUGAUUCAGCCGUUACCAGCCAAUCCACCUCCUGCUUCACAAAAUUUGAAACACUCCUCUCCAAAGGAUUUCAGCCACUGGGUCACAUUUGGAGAAGAUGGCAACAGUAGUACUAUAUCUCAGGGUUAAGCUCUGACCUCGGUUCAAAACUCCGAACUCAUUUUUGUCCUAGAAAAGCACAUUUCCCCCCUAAACUUUAUGAUAGAAGGAAUUAAGUUCAGCAAAUCAGUUACGGCGGUAUUCCCCCCCCCCAACCUUUGGGCUUGGCAGCCCGGCGGGAACGGGAAAGCUGCACAAGUAGCAGCCUGCCACACAUAUGUGCACCAGCCCACCACUUGUGCGAGUGGAGCUGCGCACAUACAAGCCCACUGGCGUGCCAUGCACUAGUGGAGCUGUGCGUGUGUGCCAGCCCAACUCUUGGCGGCCCAGUUCCAAAUAGGCUAUAGGUCAGUGGUGGGCUGCAGCCCAGGGGUUAGGGACCACUGAUGUGUGGUAUAACACUCAUCUCCCCUCCUUGGUGAUUUCUGGUUCGAGUUUAAUAGUAAAUUCAAUAACAAAUAUUUAUUUCUCAUAUGCAUGUGUGCUAUUAUGAGGCCUGCUUCAAUUACUCUUUAUUUGCACUUUGCUCAUUUCUGAAUUCCAUGCCACAGGUGGCUGCUUGCCCCACAGUUCUCUACUGUAAAAAGGUGGUAUAGUUAAUUCUGCUUUAUAUACUAAGAGGUAUUCUGUGUCAUUCUUGAGCCAACUGCAUGCUUAGAACCCACAGUCUUAAAUUAUUUUUAUCCUUGUUAUCAAUGUAUGCAAAGUAGGAAUGAAUUUGAGUUUCAAAGAGUUGGUAAGAGCAAAAAUGAUAAUCUGAUUCUUUCUGAUAAUAGCGGUCAUCAAUAAUAUAAAGGGAAGUCCUGGGUGGUUUUAGAAGUGGCAUGGUAAGUUUGGAGUUGGUAGUAUCCAAAAUAGCCAUUCAAGUUCAAGCUGUGAUAGAAAACCACCUUCAGGAUAUUAGAAACAUGCCUGUAUGAAGACAUGGGGAUAUGUACUGGGAGCAAUGUGGUUAUAGAUCCAACCUGUUUUGAAUAGCAGCCUGAAGAGGUGAAGACGAGAGAUGAGAGCAUUGGUACUUACCUGAUACGCCUCUUCUCAUAGUGGGGAAGGAGUAUCCAGGAUGGGGUUGACCUUGUCCUCUCUUGAUUGGACUGAAUCAGAUAAGCUCUUUUAGCCAUGCCUUGGUCACCAGGCUCCACCCAGUUAUCGGCAAAGAACUCUAUCUGACUCGCUGUGUCAUCCACUCUAGACUUUGUUUUAGUUUCAAACCUUUAUUUAUUACUUCAACAGAACAGUUCAACAAACAACAUAACAAUUUUGCAACAUACCCAUAUCAGGGAGGCUGGUUACUCCUCCUCCACUAUGAGAAGAGACGUAUCAGGUAAGUACCAAUGCCCUUUCUCCAUAGUGAGGGGAGGAGUAUCCAGAAUGGGCCGUACCAAAGCCUACAUGUCCCUAGGGAGGCUUAUACAUUUGAGUAUAUACCCAAAUGUAUGUCUUGUGAGACCUCUCCCCCGCCUUGUGAACAGCCUGCAACACCCUACGUCCGAAUGAGGCUUCCGCAGAAGCAAAGGAAUUCAACUUGUAAUUCCUCACAAAUGGCGAGUGGGAAGACCCCGUGGCUGCCCUACAGAUCUCAGAUAGUGAGGCCUGUGUGGCCCAGGCUGCUGAAGUGGUCGUGCUUCAUCUAGAGUGCACUAUGAUAGAGCUUGUUGUUUGCAGAUCCCGUGCCUGAUAGGCAGAAGCAAUACAAGUUCUUAACCACCUGCCUAUCAUGGUAGAAGUCACCUUGUUCCCCAGAGACCCCGGCUGGAAGGAAAUAAAUAGGGCUUCCAACUUCCUGUUCGGCCUGGUUCUUCUGAGGUAAAUCCUCAGAGCCCUCCUCACGUCCAAGGUGUGCCACUUCCUCUCUAAUGGGUGAGAAGGGUCCGGGCAGAAAUUGGGCAAUAUCACCUCAUGCGAGCGAUGGAAGCAAGAACACACCUUGGGUAUGAAGGAGGAGCCCAACCUUAGCACUACCCUGUCCUGGUGGAACACGCAGAGAUCUUCCCUGGUAGACAGAGCCUGCAGUUCAGAUAUCCUCCUGACAGAGGUGAUGGCCACCAAAAGGGCCACUUUAAGUGUCAGGAACUUCAGAGAGACAGUACAUAAUGGUUUGAACGGAGGGCCUGUCAGAGCAUCCAACACGUUGUGUAAGUCCCAGGAAGGGUACCUGUACACCGUGGGUGGUUUAAGAUUGGAGGCCCCCUUGAGGAACCGCCUGACCACCGGAUGGUGAGUCAGUGUCUGAGAUCUACCGCACAGGAGUACCAAUGAAAUGGCCGUGACCUGCCUCCUAAUUGUGUUGGGAGCCAACCCUCUGUCCAGCCCCGCCUGAAGGAAGUCCAGAACUUGUGCAACAGUGGCCCGGACAGGAUUGUAGCCCCUAGAGAUGCACCAUGUUGAAAAAGCCUGUUCUGUAGCGCCGUAAAUGCGCUCAUUGGAGGGUCUGCAAGCUGCCUGGAUAGUCUGUAUAACCAUGGGGGAAAAGUGAUCUUCCCUCAGGAUGCUCUACUCAAGCGCCAAGCGGUCAACUGGAGCCACUGAGAGUCUGGGUGUUCUAGCGACCCCUGACUGAGGGAAAUCCUCUCCUGGGGGAUCCUGCAGGGCCUAUCCACCAAGAGGGAUUGAAGAGCUGCAAAUCAAGGCCUUCGGGGCCAGUGGGGGGCACUCAGUACUACUUCCGCCCCCUUCCGCAAGAUUUUUUUGUAUAAUCCUGGGGAUCAGGGGUAAGGGUGGAUAGGCAUAGAGGAGCCCCGGGGCCAAGGACAGCAGAGAGCGUCUACCCCCUCUGCUCCCCAUGUCCGGUAGCUGGAGUAAAACCUUGGGACCUGGGCGUUGAGGGGUGGCAAAUAGGUCGAAUUCUGGGUGUCCGAAGCGCUCUGCCAGCUCUUCGAAGAUUGCUGGCUGUACCUUCCACUCCGAAUUGUCCACCUCGGUCUGGCUGAGCCAGUCGACGCUGAUGUUGUCCAUCCCUGUUAUAUGUUCUGCCUUCAGCGAAUGCUGUCUAAGGUCAUAGGCUAUCUGAGGUGCUUCUGCGUUUUCUCAUAGUUGGACAUCCAAUUCUGAGUUUGUGAUGGGUUCAGGCAUGGGGACUGGCCUGUCUGACCCUUUUGUCAUGGCUAGAAGGGUGCUAUGAGUCUAUGACUAGGAUUAGCUCAGAAAAUUUCUUGAAUGUAUUAUGAAUUCUUUGAGUUCAAUUCACUUGUUGGCCACUAGAAUGUGUUGCAAGACUUUGUAGAUGCAGGCGCAGUUCACGUGUCAGCCACUACAGUACAUUGCAAAACUUUGUAGACGCAGACGCAGUUCACUGGUAAGACACUAGAGUGCAUUGCAGGGCUUUGGAGAUGCAGGCACAGUUCACCUGUCAGCCACUAGAGUGUGUUGCCAGACUUUGUAAAUGCAGGCGCAGUUCACGUGUCAGCCACUAGAGUGCGUUGCAAAACUUUGUAGACGCCGACACAGUUCACUGGUCAGCCAUUAUUGUGCGUUGCAGGGCUUUGGAGAUGCAGGCGCAUUUAAUGAGUUGGCCACUAGGGUGCGAUGCAAUGCAAUGCUUUAUAGAUGCAGGCGCACAUCACUUGUCGACCACUAGGUCGUUGCAAGUGUUGGCCUGAAAUACUGGAUUGCAGCAAUACAGGUUCUUAACCACCUUUGUAGAGGAGCCACUAGAGGGUGCUGCUCGUGCCUGUUUGGAGUGAUUGGUAAUGACGCCUUCCUUGAUGUUAAAGGAUGGAAGGCUGAGUCACUCUUGUGCCAGUGAGAUUUGAACUGCCAAACUGCAGCUAGCAGUCAGCUGAAGUAGCCUGCAGUGCUGCACUCUAACCCCUGUGCCACCUCGGCUCUAGUUGCCAAGGCUAUUCUGCUGGUUAGGUUGUCAAUCUGACUCUAGUUUUGGAAUUCCUGGGUCUUUACCCGAACUCAGAACCUGUCUUGGACCUGGCUAGCUUGGUACCUUCUAUAAGGGUUGAGCCCUUCUCAAAUAAUUCAUAAACAAUAGUAACCAAUCCCCAAGAGCAUAACAAUCUCUUCAGCUGAACUACAUCUGCCUUUUGGCCCUUUGGCUGCCCGAAGGCUUUGCACACAGAAAGCCUGUUGGGAUGGUUGGGGGGGGGGGUAUCUUUUUUUUGGAAAAUUUUUAUUUUAUUUUAAUU